UCCAAGUUCUACUCUAAUAGUGGAAAAAAAGAGCGCACCGAAGUUGCUUUGAGUUUAUCAAAGUCUUGAUCGGUAUUCCUUGACUUAAAUAUGAACCCUGAUAGUUAAAGGUUCCGUUAAUUUCUAAACAAAAUUCCCUGCUCACAUAUGCCUUCAAGUCAUUUUUUUGCAGCUGCAAUGGAACCGCGAAACCUAUCAGUCAAAGUUUUGCCUGACCUUCGCUCAAUCAGCAUCAGUUUUGAGCCCCCAGAAUCCGGGAUGUUCAGCGGAUUCCACAUUGAAAUCUACGAACUGGAUUCGGAAGGAGCAGAAAUUCACUCAGAACAGAAUGUUCUAGAUGACGAUUCUCCUUCAAAUUCUCUUAAUUUGACCUCAGCUGAACUGACUGCUGAGCUGAAAUUAGCAAAGUUUGCAACAGUGUACAAACUGAAGGUCAGAACUUCAAGUGAGAACGGACAGCUCAGUAUCCGAUAUGCGGGCCGAGCCUUAAUUACAGACUCCAGCUACAUUUUGGAAGUGCAGCCAUCCUUGUUUGGCGAAAGGAUGCCAUAUACUGUCACGCAGGAAUUCUAUACACUUCCAAAAGAAAUUUCAAACGAGGAUAAAAUUUCACUUCUGGUCAUCAUCGUCAUUGUGUCUGUGGCAGUUGUAGCCCUGCUUGUUGUCGCAAUCGUGGCAUUUUGUGCUGUUCGUUCCUGCAACAGUGGUAACACCAAGGCCCAGGAAACCCAAAAAGCGGAAUACGACAACCCAAUCUUCCCAAAUAACGAUUACGCAGAACCAAUGGGAGACCAACAAGCGGAUUUUGUCGAAAACCCCUACAACGAGUACAGGCCCACUGGAAACUUCGAAGAGCCAGUUGUUUUUGACCAAGUGAUGUCUGGCGAUCCUAUGGGCUGUAUCGAGAUGGGAAAGUUUGUUUCGACGACUUCGGAAACCCCUACCAGGGAGUGGUCGAAGGCGGGAGAAACCUCGGCACCUAAUCAAUACGUAGAGACGGGGACUUUGGAAAUAGAAUAUACUGGUCAACUGCCUUAUAUCGACCAAACUUCUAAUUGAUUUUAGAUGAUGAUGGAUUGAAACAAAAAAACUGACAUAUAUCAAAUACAAAAAAUUUGCUUGAAACUGCUGAUACAUCUUUGCACUAAUUACAACAAGUCUGCUCAUAUCAAGUCGAAGCCCUGAAUGUUCCGACUGUCUUUUAAGGUCUAUGGAGCAGUAA